AGUGACGGAGGUGAAGACGGACAUUUACGUGACGAGCUUUGGGCCGGUGUCCGACACAGACAUGGAGUACACCAUCGACGUGUUCUUCCGUCAGAGUUGGAAGGACGAGCGUCUGACCUUCCACGGUCCCAUGAACAUCCUGCCCCUGAACAACCUGAUGGCCUCCAAGAUCUGGACCCCGGACACGUUCUUCCACAACGGCAAGAAGUCUGUGGCCCACAACAUGACCAUGCCCAACAAGCUCCUGAGGAUCAAGGACGACGGGACGCUCCUGUACACCAUGAGGUUGACGGUUCACGCCGAGUGCCCCAUGCACCUGGAGGACUUCCCCAUGGACUUCCACUCCUGCCCCCUGAAGUUCGGCAGCUACGCGUACACCGUCUCGGAGGUGACGUACAUUUGGACGCGUAACGCCUCAGACUCAGUGGUGGUGGAAGGAGAGAGCUCCAGACUGAACCAGUACGACCUGCUCGGACAGUCUGUGGGCCAGGAGACCAUCAAGUCCAGCACAGGUGAGUACACUGUGAUGACGGCUCAUUUCCACCUGAAGAGGAAGAUCGGGUACUUUGUGAUCCAGACGUACCUGCCGUGCAUCAUGACCGUCAUCCUGUCCCAGGUCUCCUUCUGGCUCAACCGCGAGUCUGUGCCCGCCAGGACCGUGUUCGGAGUGACCACGGUCUUGACCAUGACGACUCUGUCCAUCUCGGCGCGUAACUCUCUUCCGAAGGUGGCGUACGCGACGGCCAUGGACUGGUUCAUCGCCGUGUGUUACGCCUUCGUGUUUUCCGCGCUCAUCGAAUUCGCCACCGUCAACUACUUCACCAAACGAGGCUGGGCCUGGGACGGGAAGAGCCUGGUCACCGAUAAGAAAAAAGAGCGUACGUCGGUGAUGAAGAAGAACAACGCUUACGCCGUGGCGGUGGCGAACUACGCCCCGACUCUGGGCAAAGACCAGUCCGGCGCGCUGCCCACCAUCGCCAAGGGGGGCGCCGCCUCCUGCGACGCCUCCAAACCCGCGGCGGCCGGCGGGAAGGCUCCGGAGCAGAAGAAGACCUUCAACAGCGUCAGUAAAAUCGACCGAAUGUCCCGGAUCCUGUUCCCGGUUCUGUUCGGCGGCUUUAACCUGGUUUACUGGGCCACGUACCUGAACCGAGAGCCCGUCAUUAAAGACAUGGUGCCGUCGGCCUGAGGACGCGGCCGCACCUCCGCCGCGACCAGCUCACCUUUUACACUUUUGGACUCCGGACGGACCGUGAUCCUGGAGCGGCUUUUCUACUCUGCACUUUGAGAGGUUUUGUAAAUGUGUGUACCGUAUUUCUAUCUCCCGUUUCAUAUGGUGAGCGCCGCCGCGACGCUCGGAUCUGGACCUGCCCCGACGACUCCGAAGAACACGACAACGACUUUUACACGCACACGUCUCCGCGCGGAUCUUAGAGUUUAACGUUUAAAUCCAGAGGCGUCCAACACGUGCAUCUCAAAUCUCGGACUUCCACUCAUUGCGUAAUUCAUACUGGGAAGGAUCCUGUGAAAAAGUGAUCAUCAAACCUCUUCGUCUUUUGAACCAUUUCACUUUUGUUUCUGGUUCUGAUAUUGUCAUAUUUUAGUUUUGUGAUUCAGAUAUCGUUAAUUGUGUGUUUGUUGGAUCCUAACAGCGGAAAACGACUCGAGAAACGGGCUUCAGAAGUUUACGAAGUCCAUAAGUGCAAACGUGAAUCAGAUGUGUGUGACUCAAACCUCCGUUCAAACUGUUUCUCUUCCCAACGGAAUUGAAAAUAGUGAAAGGUGAAGGUGAUGGGCAGGAUUGAUCCACAGGAAGAACCAAAAAAAAAGAAAUCAUCCCGAGUUUGCAGAGAACAUUUUGUAUGUGGAGCGACGACAAAACAAAAUCCUGAUCCUUCGUUCAACUUUGGUGAUGAAUUUAAAAAGUUGACGCCAAAGUGAAAGUCUCCAACUGUUCACCAAGAAACACCUUCCACUGCAAAGACCAAGACGUGAUGUUUGUGUAAAACCACAAGAACAAGAAAGUGCAGCUCAGUCUGUUUGUCUUCUGCUCCUCUACAUUAACAAACAGGAUUUUGUUUUGUCGUCGCUCCACAUACAAAAUGUUCUCUGUAAACUCAGGAUGAUUUAGUCAGACAAAUGUUUCCUUUUUGGUUCUUCCUGUGGAUCAACGCAGAAUGAGUUUUAAACAUUUAAACAAACAAACCUCUGAUCGUCUGAGUCACAUCACCUGAGACCUGAGGCCCUAAAGACCUGAGGCCCUAAAGACCUGAGGCCCUAAAGCAGGAGUUUUGGGCCCGGUUUGGCCCCUGGACCACAGUUUGGACGCCCCCGUCACAUGAUCCUGUGGAGUUUCUUCUCUGUUUUCUUCACUCUGGGAAGUUUGUAGCAUCAAAACUAAACUUCAUUUAAAGCUCCACUUUGUCACUUUUCUGUCACUUUGUCCUGACGCCCCGGACUUCAGGGACUCGUACCACCGACGCCUGCCAGACACCUGCCAGACACCUGCCAGACGCCUGCCAGACACCUGCCAGACACCUGCCAGACACCUGCCAGACGCCUGCCAGACACCUGCCAGACACCUGCCAGACACCUGCCAGACACCUGCCAGACACCUGCCAGACACCUGCCAGAGGGAGACACUGGACACUUUUAGCUCUGGUUUAGUCCUCCCUCUUUAAUCCUGGUUUAGUUCUGGUUUAGUCCCUGGUUUAGUUCUGUUCAGUUCUGGUUUAGCCCUGGUUUAGUCCCUUGUUUAGUCCUGGUUCAGUUCUGGUUUAGUCCUGGUUCAGUUCUGGUUUAGUCCUGGUUCAGUUCUGGUUUAGUCCUGGUUUAGUUCUGGUUUAGUCCUGGAUUGUUUUUCAUAAAUAUAUCUCAGAUGUUUUCAAACGAUUCAUUUAAAAAUCUGUUAUUUUUUUUCUAAAUGGACCAAACUUUUUUUGUCGAACGCGUCGGCCAUUUUGUGUGUUUUGGUGUGUCGGAAGAAAAUCACGUACUGGGGCUUUAAUUUACCCCGGGAAAGUGACGGAGUGUGGCUUUAUUUUCCCGGAGCGCGGCGCAGGUCCAGUCAGUGUACAGAAAAAAGACCAACGUCACCUUUUACAUUCACCACCUUUCACUUUGAAAUAUUAUAACGUAACGAGUUUAUGUUGGUGAGAAUUUACCCCUUUAUUUAUUUAUUUAUUUAUUUAUUUAUUCGUCCAUGACCUGAUUUGCCAAAAUGAAGAGACUUUUUUUCUGUCCAAGCCGAAGCAAAAACAACAUGUAUUAUAUUCUCUUCUCAUUAUGAUUCUCAUGGUCCGGGUCCUGGUCCUGGUCCGGGUCCGGGUCCGGGUCCUGGUCCUGGUCCUGGUCUUGGUCCACAUGUGUCCGUGUCUGUGCAGUUGUGUUUUUACAGAUUUAUAUUUCAAGAUUUAAAAACACGAAACUCGUCCAUAAAGCUGCGGAAAAAAAAUUUAACAUUUAAGAAUUUUUAAAAAUAUUCACAUUUUGGUUUAUUUGGUUUUUAACAUGAACUGGUUUAGUCCUGGUUUAGACCUGGUUUAGACCUGGUUUAGUCCUGGUUUAGACCUGGUUUAGUCCUGGUUUAGUCCUGGUUUAGUCCUGGUUUAGACCUGGUUUAGUCUUGGUUUAGUCUUGGUUUAG